AUGAUGAUGAUGGUAUGUAGCACAAUGUCUAUUUCUAGGAAUACAAAGUUAAAAUAUGUCUUUUAUGUAAAUAGUGUAAGUAUAAAAAGACGUGUUUACAGAUGCGGUUUUAAUAAAAUAAACAUUAUGAUAUCAUUUUAA